UUCUCCUCACUUAUUUCCAUUUUAUCUACUAUAAAUAUCCAUCCUUUGAUAAAUUACAAAGAAUCUCCUUUACCCCAUAAAAAUUACAUUCAUUCUCUUUAUUGCAUAAGUCUUUUUUAAACUAAAGAUUUACAUACAUUAAAUGCAUUUGUGUAUAUAAAUAUACAAUCUUUAAGGCAUUUCAAUGGCACCAAAUAUGGAUUUUUCAAUUGCUAGUCUUCUUUGUGAAGAAGAUAACAAUAGCAUUUUUGACAAUGCGAACAAUGAUGUAGGCAAAUGUUUUCUUAGGAAUCAUCAAAACUGUCAACAAAAACAGAAGUUUUAUAGGGAAGAGAGUUUUAUUGUUUUGCCAUUACAGAGUGAUGAGCGUGUUGCUUUGAUGAUUACGAAAGAAUGUGAACAUAUGCCUUGUGGUGAUUAUUUUGAAAAGUUGAGAAAUGGGAUUUUGGAUUUUGGUGCAAGAAAUGAGGUUCUUGAUUGGAUUUGCAAGGUUCAUUCACAUUUCAAUUUUGGGCCUCUGUGUUUAUAUCUGUCUGUGAACUACCUUGAUAGGUUUCUUUCUGCCUAUGAGUUACCUAAGAGAAAAGUAUGGAUGAUAGUGUUAUUGGCUGUAGCCUGUUUGUCUCUUGCAGCCAAAAUGGAAGAGACUGAAGUUCCUCUAUCUCUAGAUUUACAGAUAGAGGGAGCAAAAAUUUUAUUUGAAGCAAGAACCAUACACAGAAUGGAGCUUCUUAUAUUGAGAUCAUUGAAAUGGAGAAUGCAUGCAGUUACCCCAUUCUCAUUCAUUGAUUAUUUCCUUAAGAAGAUAAAUGGUGAUCAAAUUGCUUCAACAUCUUCAAUCACUAAAGCAGUAAAUCUCAUACUUAGAACAUUAAAGGGAAUUCACUUCUUGGAAUUCAAGCCUUCUGAGAUUGCAGCAGCUGUGGCAAUCUCUGUUGUGGUGAAAACUGAGACAGUUGGCAAUGAGAAAGCAAUAUUUGCUCUACUUCAGCAAGUGCAAGAGGAUAGAGUAAAGAAGUGUGUUGAAUUGAUUCAAGAAUCAGCUUUGCUAAGUGAUGUUGUUAAAGGACCAGUUGCCUCAACUUCUUUGAUUCCUAAAAGUCCAAUAGGUGUGUUGGAUGCUGCAUGCUUAAGUUACAAAAGUGACGAUUCAUUAGUUGGUUCAUGUGCAAAUUCCACACAUGAUACCCAAGUUUCUAAAAGGAGAAAGAUGAAUAGAGACUCUAUGGAGUGGACACAUAGAGAUGGAUUAAGGAGUGAAAGCCUUUUAUCCCUUUCAAAUCCAGACAAGUUUGAUUUUCUUGAAUGAGAGUCCAUCCCAAACAGAACUUCGAAAGGGCAAAAGUUGAAAGAUGUUCGCUUUUUGUGCCAAUUUAUUUUAUAGCGGUGGUGUCCAGAACAACUUGUGUGCACCUUAGGUCAAGAACUCCAUGCAAGGAUGCAGAGCGUUUAUACACUAGACUUCUUCAUAGCUAGAGAAAACAAUAGGCAGAUUUAGGAAAAAAUGUAAUUGAAAGAAUGGACUCAAAUUUCAUCUUGCUUUUAAGUUUUAGAAAAGAUAAAGUUUGUUCUUAAGGCUAUAUAAAACAUUGACGGUCAAAUCGGAAGGAAAACUUUGAGUUGUGUGAUUCAUUAUCAUCACUUACUGCUUUGUGUACAUAACUUUUUGGCUUAU